AUGACGACGUCUUGUGGACUCACUACCAGCAGCGCUGUCGCUACCGACAGAAGCAGCAGCAGCAGCGCAAGACACACUACGAGCUCCGAGGCAGCAGCUUCUGCGGGUCUACUGACGGUCGAAAUCAUCGGUGCGCGCCACUUGCCGCCUGCUGUGCCUGGAAGUCUGUUCAAGUGGACAGCGGGUUACUCGAACCCGUAUGUGGUGUUGACACUGGACCGCGAGCACUUUGUGUCAAGCGUCAAGACAAAUGACCUCUUUCCAGCAUGGAAAGAAUCAGGUCGACUGAGUUUACCGCUUCCGUCCGAGACGGAAGUGCUGCAAACGGCUGGCAGGGCAGCCAGCCCAACGGCUGCACGAAAAGACAACUGCCAGCGUCAAGGCACCCACAAAAAAGAGAUGCUGACAAACAAGAAACAUGGACCCGCUGCAGACAUUGCCAGGGGCUACCGGCAGUACCAUCCGUGUGCGCCCGAGCUGUUUGUGCAGAUUUUCCAUCGCUCGGACGAGACGACAACCGCCGAGGCAACUGCUGCAGUGGCGUCGAACGCGUCCAUGUCGUCUCAUGUGUCUGCAUUGGGACCAAAGGAUAAACUUCUUGGGGCGCUUGUGGUACCGUUGCUACCGUGUCUUCUGUCGAGCGCAUCGAGUUCCCGAGGAUGGUAUCAAUUGACAGACGACGAGUCGCAGCGUGCUGGACAACUCCAGCUUUCACUUAGUUUCGAUAUUUCCGCCGCUACCAACGCACUAGAGCCACGGAAAGGAGAUAUUGUGCGACUGAUGGGAUUUGGGGGACUGGAGUACUACUCGAAAAUCUUGCCGCCUAGCGCAAGAUUGGAAGUGGUCGACAUAUUCCAGGACCAAGUGUUUGCUCAGACGCGUAGCCAAGAAGGAUGGCCUCUGAGCUUUGAGCUGCACCGCAAUCUCGUGCAUGUCGAGCGCCGUCCAUCACUGCUUCUUGACGCUUCGGAUCAACUGCAGAACCAAGUGACACGUGUGCGCCAAUUUCGUAUUGUCACAAGUGCGCAGCGCAUAUGGUGCGCUCUACCCGACACACCACGAAUCCACUUCGAGAAUUCGGCGAUGUUUGUGGCGUUUUUUGGCGCUCAAGCAUAUUCAACGAUGAUGCGUAGUGUGCAAGAUCUUCUUCGCUCUGGUGUGUAUUCUGGCGUACAAACGUUUGUAUCGAGCUCGAAGGAUGCGUACGGUCAAGUGAAGCAUGAGUUUGUCCGUGCGUAUUGGAGUGCACCAAGGCGCGUCACUUCUGGGUACCUCAAUGAUGGCUACGAUGAUGACCUGAUCGACUGUGGGCCUCGCACCAAUCGCGGACGGAUCGUGCGUGCAUUUACGGCUGCAGACCGCUUGGCGGUCGAUGAUGAGGACCAUGCCGAGGAGGCGACGACGACGCUGGACUGGGAGACGUACGAAGACAGUGGAGACAACGAGUCAUACGAUGGUGUUGAUAGGUACGAAGGCGGUCUUGCUGUGCCGGAGCAACUCAUCUGUCCUAUCACUGGGUGCCCGAUGUUAGAUCCCGUUGUGGCUGCGGAUGGGCACACCUAUGAGCGGGAGGCGAUCCUGCAGUGGUUUGCAACGAGCGACAUGUCGCCGAUGACGGGCGUGCAUAUGCCGACAACGCAGGUGUUUCCAAAUUUUACAUUGCGCCAACUCUCGGAGGAAGUCCAAGCUGCGGCUACGCGUCGUCAACAACAGACUAAGAGACGGCACCGUCGUCACAGUGCUGGACUAGUUGAAGUAGCUGAGCGAGACACUCACCGAGAGGCUCAAUUUGAAGAUAAAGCAGCUUCCAGCGACGGAUACCAAGAAGCGGGCAUGUGA